AUGUCGGCGACGCCAGCGAUCCUCAUUGUGGGCAGCGGGCCAACAGGGUUGAUAGCAGCCAUCACUCUUCGCCAGAACGGCAUACCGAUUCGGCCCCGCACUCAGGAAGUGCUAGCAUCCAUCGGCGUGCUUGACGACGUCAUGACCAUCGCGACGCCCCCGUUUAUGAUCGGUGCGCAUGGCAUAGGUAAGGCAAUCGUGGAAGAGAUCAAAUGGGCAGAAGAGGCCGAUGCGUCUCUCGGUACACCCUACGUCCACCCGAUCAGCGUGCACCAAUCCGUGUUCGAGGACGUUUUACGGAAGCACUUAGAGAAGUUGGGCACCAAGGUCGAGUUGAGCGUCGAGUUGGUCGGGAUUGAACAGAGCGAGGGCUCUAACACAGUCUUCGCUCGCCUCAAAGGUCAAGACAUGGAGAUUACUGAGGAAUACGAGUAUAUAAUUGCUGCGGAUGGUGCCCGUGGCACUACACGGCGGAUGCUCGGUGUAUCAUUUCUAGGAAAUACUGAGGAGGGUGACAAGAUGUUCGUGGCGAAUGUAGAGUGUACAGAUAUUGAUCGCACACAUUGGCACAGAUGGGGUGUGUUCGGUGUUGGAGUGUUCUUUCUCAAACCUGUCGAGCCAGCACCCAUGUUCCAGAUUCAAGCUAUGGGUGCCGAGCUCCCGAACCCUCUCCCACAAGAUGACGAAGGCAUACAGAAGAUGUUCAAUCACAUCAGCAAGUCGAACGAUAUCAAGCUGAAAAACGCGACAUGCAUUUCAGAAUGGAGAGCAAACAUUCGCAUGGUCGACAGAUUCAGCGUGGGGCGCGUCUUCUUGGUUGGCGAAUCCGCGCACUGUCACUCUCCAGCGGGCGGCCAAGGCGCGAACACCGGGAUUCUUGACGCGGCCAACAUCAGCUGGAAACUCGCCCUCGUUCAUAAGCGUCUCUCCUCACCUUCUCUCCUACAAACAUAUGAAGACGAGCGCAUGCCUGUUGUCGCCGAGAUGCUCAACCUCACCUCUGAUCUCCACCGUCUCGCAUUUGCUCGUAUGCCUCCUUCCACACUCGAGGCGCGGAAGAGGGAUGGGGUGCCGGGCGACCCUAUGUGGAGACCGCGGCAGGGGUUGCAGCUCGGCGUCAACUGUCGCUGGAGUCCGAUUGUGUUCGAGGGCAGGGAAACUCAAGAAGAAGCUAAGAAGAUCGAGAGCGCGAAGGCGAAAGUGAGCCCGUAUGGCGUCGCAGGAGACAAGCUCCGCGCAGGUGAUCGUGCGCCAGACGCUUCCUUCUUGGUGGAUACGGCCACAGGUGUACAAACGACACUUUUCAACGCUAUAGCUGGCUUGAACAAGCAUUAUAUCCUCGUGUUCGUCGGACGCACCUCCGUAGAUCUGGAUACAUCAAUUUCCGCGCUCGACAAGUAUCGCCGCGCUGGCCUCGCUUCGACUAUUCUAUUGUUUCCAGCUGGCUCCCAUGCUCCUGCGGAUGUGCCAGGCACUCGCUCGUUCGUUGAUAGCAAAGGACACGCGUAUGCAGGUUUCGAGGUGGAUGAGACGUCGAGGCUGUAUGCCUUGGUUAGGCCGGAUGGGAUGAUUGGCGCUUUUGCAACUGAUGUGGAGCAGCUGCGUCGAUUUCUCGCGGGGUUUGCGUCUGGUGUCGAAACUGCAUAGCGCUCGCGUUUUGUGAGUGUUGCGAUGCGAAGUGGACAAUCGUUAGCACGUUGCUCCUUUGACCAUCAGAGACAUGUGCACAGAUGCCAGUGCGUGUUUUGACAAUAUAUUACUGGCAAGUGAUGUAGCCUGAUGACGAUCUACACGUUUUGCUUUUACGCUUACAUGACUAUAAGAUGACUUCUUGACUCU